CCAAUUUAUCACCAUCUAAUUUUCAUUUUUUUGCUAUAUCGAAGAAAAAAAAUGGGUCUGAAAGGCAAGUUGAUUGGUUCGAUAGAGGUUAAGUGUGGAGGACACUUGAUUCAUGAUAUUUUGCACGCCGAUCCUCGAAAUGUACCCAACAUAACCAAGAUUAAUCAUUUUGAGAUGGAUCAUGAAGGUGAAAGCAUAAAGAUUGGCUCGAUAGUUAGUUGGACAUAUAACGACGACGGAUCCGAAAAAGAUAAAAUUGUUAAGGAAGUGAUUGAGGCAAUUGAUCCUGAGGAGAAAUCGAUCACUUGGAAGGUAAUUGGAGGAGAUUUGCUAGAGUUGUAUGAUUCUCUUACUAUUAUCACAGCAUGCGAACAUGAGUGGACUACAUGUUCAUUUAUAUAUGAGAAAAAAACUGAAGACACCCCAGAACCUCUUGUUCCAUUUGGUUUCCUCCUUAAUUUGAUCAAGGAAAUGGAGGGUCAUCUUCUCAAAUAAUACAAGAUCAAUCUGGUAUCUGAUAGUUCUUAUCGUUACGUAUUUGUGUAUGUCUACGUGAACACGCGUGUGAAUUUAUGAAUAUAUAUAUAUAUAUAUGUGUGUGUGUGAGAGAGAGAGAGAGAGAGAGUUUGUGUUACAAAUAUAUACUAUAUAUGUGUGUGUGUGUGUGAAGUUUGUGUUACAAAUAUAUACUAUAUUUUGUAAUAUUGGCUAAUUCUAGCUAGUGUGUCAAAAUUAGUAAUGUUGUGUUAAAAAUAAAGAAUAUAUCGGAUGUAUUGUACGAUAUAUUAUGUAUCUUUUCGAGUAUGUAAUGAACUAUAAUAGCAUAUGCAAAUUGUAUUUGUAAA